ACAAAAGUUCAACAAGCGAAAUUCGAAAAUUUGGAGUACAGAGUAACUUGGCUAUGGCAACAUCUGGGUUUGACCGCUCCGAAUACCUUGUCAAAAUAUUCAAAACUAUGGAUAUUAACGAACACAUUUAUGAAUUCGAAAGAAAUCUAUCGCCAUCUCCCGGGGAUACGGACAGAGAUUAUUGUAUUAAUACGCACGUUAUUAAGGACGAUUUGGAGACUCCACAAAAUAACUCAAAUAACUUUGACGAUGAAAAUAUUUUUGAUGCCAUAAUUACUUCGAAAGAUCCAUCGGACUCAACUGUCAAUAAUAAUGAACGUAGUAAUGGCAAACGUACGGAGAAUACAGAAGAUAGUCGAACAAGUUUACGAAACGACAAAACCAACGACUGUAAAACAGAAGAAAAUACUAGUAGUGAAAACCUUAAAAAUGAAAAUGAAAUUACAGACACUGAUCCGAAGCCAUCUGGGUUGGUUGAACUUGCUGACAGUGCAGAAUCACCGGUGCUAUUAAUAAAAAGACGAGGACGAACUGAGAUAGGAUUUCCUGAUUCUUGCGCCAUCGAGGCCGAAUCUAUGCCGUUAGAAUCGCAACGUGUUUGCAUGGAAGAGCACACCAACGCUGUGCAAAUAACAACAUUAUCUACGAUAACAGAGAAGGGUGUUGAUCAACAAAACGGAACAGUUCCUUCUCGGGGUAGUACCACUUCUGGUCGAAACUCAAAGGAGCAGUCAGAGGUAGGCAUGCCCGUUCUAGAGCAAACGAGGGAUUCUGUUUUAUCACAUUUGUCAGCAGUUUACAAUUCGGACUCAUCUAUGUCGAUCCCAUCCUAUGAUACAAGUCCAAGGACUUCAAAUAUGUCCUACUAUUCCCCAUAUUCCCAGGAUCUCGCCUCAUCUUCAAAUUGCCCGCCAUUUGACGUCCCUGACAAUGGCAAAGCUGGCCUCGGGGGCGACUCGAUAACAGUUGGGAAAGAUCAACACAAAUUAUCCGCAAUUCCUAAAAAUGACACGGAAUCGAUUGUUUCUUCAAAUGUCAGUAGCUCCAUAUCAUAUCCCCAGUCUCCCGAUUCAAGAAAUUCAAAGAACAACAGCGAUAACCUUUUAGACACCAUUGUUUAUAAUAAACCUGAGACUUUACAAAGCCGAGGGUCUAUAUCUAAAAAUACGAAAAGAACGAAAUGCUUGGCAAGAACGCAAAAACACGCUGAAUAUAUGGGUGAUAGGCCUACAGAGAAACCAAAUACCUCCAAAAAAUCAAAUGCGUUCUACAAGUCUAAACUACGUCUUUUUAACUACGCUAAUAAGUUUAUAUCUGAUUCUCCAAAUGACAGAAUUGAUUGUCACACACCAGGUGUUGAUUAUUUCUAUGUAGAUGUAUCUCGAUUGGACCGUACGGACACGAUCAUAAGUGGAAGGGAUAAUGAUGGACCUAAAUCUCGUCACGUUCGUUUUUCUACUGAGACCACCCAUACAUUUUCUAGCACCAAUCCUCAGAUGCACACACAUGGAAACGAUGACUUUGUCAAUCCUAAACUAGUUUACGGUAAUCAAAACACUUUACAAGUCACUGAACGCUAUCACCACCUUGGGGUGAAUCUGUUAAACAAUAAACAAGGUAAUUCGGAUUCGAAUCAAUCAGUGGCUCCAAGCAGUAACAAACAAGUAAACUCAAAGAUAAAUUCAUGGCAUAUUGGUUACAAUUCCUCAAAAAGGCCUUCGAAACAUUUGUCUUCCAGAGAUUUGAUAAAAACUAAAAGUGCGUCUGAAAACAACACCAUUAAAUCAAUACAGCCUGCAUCAAGCUUGAACAAACAUUCUACAACUACAGGGCACAAAUGAAAUGAUCAGGUUUACGUCACGUGUCAUCCUAGGCUCCUCCCCCCUGUUCAAAGCGUGACAACACCCUCCCGGGAACAUGUUAUCAGCAAUACGAAACGUGAACGCUAUCGAUCGACACAAGUACGGGGUGUACCAAUAAUGCUUGCCUGUUGAAGAAGCGGGAUACCACAAGGGGGGGGGGAUUUGAAAUCAAUUAUAUAUUUUGUUUUUUGAAGAUUUAGUCUAGUUUUUACA